AUGGGAAUAACCUCUUGUGUGUUUGCUUGUGAAGGUUUGCUGAAGAUGAACUCUUCAGACGAUUCAAGUUCCGAGAGGUGCUUGUUCUUAGAAAUCCCUCUUCACCAAACCUCGCUAUCCAGCCACUUGAUAACGGCGACGUGUGUGUUAAACUCUCUGACUAUCAUACCGUCCGUGCUUGGAAGUGCAAUCAUACUUAUAACCAUGUGGGGCAACCCCAACCUAGAAUUUCCAAGCCACGUUUACCUCUUCUGCUUGGCUCUGGCCGACUUUGUGACCGGCUUGAUCGUGCAGCCGUGCUAUGUCAUCCACAAGACCGCUUGGCUUCUUGGACACAGAAAACUAGACUGCAUAGCACGCUUGUUGACGGAGACCGUAGCGUGGAUUUCAGCAGCCGCUUCAUGUGUUAUGAUAUCUACCAUCAGUUUAGACCGUUUUCUAGCCGUUCGACUUCAUAUGCGCUAUUCUAUAUAUAUGACCCGUAGUCGAGCCAUCAAGUACGUUGUUUACAUAUUAGUUAGCUUGACCCUAAUAAGCUGCUCCCGUUACUGGGCAUCGGAUAAUCGUCCCUUCGUCAUCAUAGGCGUUUGUGGAAUCCUCUCUUCAGUCGUCACAGUCGUCGCCGCUUAUCUCUACAUCUUUGCCGUCCUUAGGCGACACAAGCGUAAGAUCGGUGCCCAGAAUGUCUGUACAUCUGUUUCUAAUGGUAGCGAGAACAACGCGAGUGAUAUACAGUCAAAAGUCACUCGGCGUUCUGCUGUGAGUCUUGCAUAUGUUGUGGGGCUUUUUGUCGUCACAUAUGUGCCGUUCGUGGGUGCGCUUAUCGUUGGACUAGUCCAGGGUUCUGUGCAUGGCCCCUCAAUCGCUUAUGAUGUUACGCGCACCAUCGUGUUCACGUCCUCUGUGUUGGACCCUGUCAUUUAUUGCUGGAAGAUACCCGACGUGUGCGUGGAGGUAAAAAAGACCUGGCGCAAUUUACGGGCAAACGUUUGCCCGGGGUCUACCGAUAGAAACGACAAUCAAGCGACGGGUGUAGAGAAUUUCAGUGUCUCUACUCAACGUACUGCUGGUAACAGCUAA